CAUCUGCAAGCCAGAGGUUUGAAGAGGAGGAGGACGACCCGCAGCCCGGCGGACGAGCAGCGGCCCAGGAGACCUCAGACACUGGCCGAGACAUGUGACUUCUCCCGGAGAGGCUUGUGUCCUGAGGGGCACGCUGACACUUCGCCAGUUCCGGUGCCUCCCUGGGACUCUCCGUCAUGAGGGGCCGUUUGUCUCGAAAAUUAAGUUUGCUGGCCAAGGCCUUUUUCCUGCUCUGGCUACUGUGGCUGGGCUACGUUUUGUUGGCACCCUCCUCUAUCCCCGCCCCCUCUUUGGAUCAAGAGGAGGACGAGGAGCACAAACUUGUGGUACGACAGCUCGCCGUAGAUGAGAGCAGCAAUGAUGGGCAGCUGGCGAGGCCUCUCUACAUCAAGUCGGCACCCGACAGCAAUGCGCCGGGGGAGUGGGGCCGGGCCACACACCUCACCCUCAGUGCUGAGGAAAAGAAACAGGAGCAGGACUCUAUCGAGAGCUACGCUAUCAAUAUCUAUGUCAGCGACAAGAUCUCCCUCCAUCGGCAUAUCCAGGACCAAAGGAUGAAUGAAUGCCGAACUAAGAAGUUUGACCACCGUCACUUGCCCACCACCUCUGUGAUCAUCGCCUUCUACAACGAGGCCUGGUCCACCCUGCUGAGGACCAUCCACAGCGUGCUGGAGACCAUACCCGCCAUCCUGUUGAAGGAGAUCAUUCUCAUCGAUGACUUCAGUGACCGAGGAUACCUGAAAUCCCAACUAGCUGAUUACAUCAGUGAUCUGAACCGCGUGCGGCUCAUCCGGACCAACAAAAGAGAAGGGCUGGUCCGGGCACGUCUCAUCGGCGCCACCUACGCCACGGGUGAUGUACUGACAUUUCUCGAUUGCCAUUGUGAGUGCGUCCCUGGCUGGAUUGAGCCUCUCCUGGAAAGGAUUGGCGAGAAUGCCAGCACCAUUGUGUGCCCUGUGAUCGACACCAUCGACUGGAACACGUUUGAGUUCUACAUGCAAACAGACGAGCCAAUGAUUGGAGGAUUCGACUGGAGACUCACCUUUCAGUGGCACUCGGUCCCUGAGGUGGAACGCAAGAGGCGCAGCUCUCGCAUUGACCCCAUCAGAUCCCCAACAAUGGCAGGUGGAUUAUUCGCCGUGAGCAAGGCUUACUUUGAGUACCUGGGCACAUAUGACAUGGGCAUGGAUGUGUGGGGAGGCGAAAACCUGGAGCUCUCCUUCAGAGUGUGGCAGUGUGGGGGCAGCCUGGAGAUUCACCCGUGCUCUCAUGUCGGCCAUGUUUUCCCCAAAAAGGCCCCUUACGCUCGGCCCAACUUCCUCCAGAAUACUGUGCGAGCCGCAGAGGUUUGGAUGGACUCUUAUAAACAACACUUCUACAACAGGAAUCCACCAGCUAAAAAGGAAAACUACGGGGACAUCUCAGGCCGGCUGCUGCUGAGGGGGAGGCUGAAGUGCAACAGCUUCGACUGGUACCUGAAGAACAUCUACCCUGAGCUACAUGUGCCUGAGGACAGGGAGGGCUGGCACGGGGCUGUGCGUAGUUUAGGGAUAAACUCUGAGUGUCUGGACUACAACUCUCCAGAACACAAUCCCACCGGGGCCCACCUCUCUCUGUUCGGCUGCCACGGCCAGGGAGGCAACCAGUACUUUGAGUACACAUCCCAGAAGGAGAUCCGCUUCAACUCGGUGACAGAGCUGUGCGCCGAAGUGCCCGACGGACAGACCUCCAUCGGGAUGAGGCACUGUCCUCGUGAUGGGGAGCUGAAGCCUCCCAGCAUCACCUGGGAGUUCAGAAAGGACGGGACCAUCUACCACCCUCACUCCGACAUGUGUGCGUCAACCUACCGCACGUCGGAGGGCCGCGGAGACACCCAGAUGAAGAGCUGCAACCCAGCAGACAAGAACCAGCAGUGGAAGUUUGAGUGGUAGACGGAGACAGGGCAGCAGGAAACCUCAAGUGACCUUCUUUGACCAUAGUGCAAUUACUACAGUGGACGUCUUCUCCGCUGCUCCCAGCUCUCCAGGGCUGCACGCCAUUUGAACGGGGAUAACGAGCGAAUGCAGAACGGUGAAAAGUCACUUUAAGCCAAUGAUUUCACCCAAUUCUGAGCUUUUAUACCCGUGUGAGUGACUGAACAGGUGCAGAUUUUGGUGGAGCGAAGAAAAAUGGGGGUCUUAUUAAGGAGGCCAGCAGAACAUGACUUUAAACUUUUGAGUAGCUUUCAUUCAAGUGCCUCUGCAACCAAAAUGGAAUCCAGCGCACAUUUAAAAGUGCCGCCAUCAUCUUGUUUGCAACAACUUGAAAGCAGUGAAACUGGUUCGACUGUCCAGCACAGAGGAAGUGCCUUCCAGAGAUAUUCAAGAUAAAAGUGUUCCCCUUGAAAACUAGAUACAGAAUGGUGCUGCACUAUAAAACCUUAAAAUGUGCAAUGAAUUAUUGUUAAAUCGUCACGCUUGUUUCUUCAGUUGUAAAGAAAUAGCCAAUUAAAAUAUGAGCUGCUCCAAAAGAAAGAAAAAAAAAAAGCAGAAGUCUUGCCAGGAAUGUCAGGUCAGCGGCAGCGUUGCAUGCCGCAUCACGUGAGAGGAAAACAGCGAGGGAGCGUUGUGGUCAUACUACACUGCUCCUCAAUUCUAUCUCUCUCCCGUGGAGCCAGUUUCAUACAAGAAUUCUGCCUGAGCAAGACUCGAAUCAUCAUUAAGCAAUUUGCACAAAGCGCAAUUUGCCCCCGAGGGCUGAGCUAGUUGACGGGAAUGUUGUGAGUCUAUUCCUCCCUGUUGUGUAAAAUGAAGACGACCCUCUGAACUCGUCUGUCAAUGUGCCUUAGAGAGGUCCUGAUCCCAUUAAGAGAACCUGUCCGUGCCGAAAUGAAACGUGCCAGUGGGCGUCAAAUGUACUCCGAGCAUUUGAAAGGCUUAAAAUCUGAAACCUCACUGGCUUGCUGCACUUGAUGCCUUAAAGGAAGCACUCUUUAAUUUAAUCUCUUAAUUUGGCGAGUUUGUUUGGACUCCUGUGUGUAAACUGUACUUGAAACGUCACCAGAAACACACUCCUGCUUGGUGUUUUUCAUCUAUUCUUUUUUUCUAAUGAAGAUCUCGUCAGUGUUUCCACUGGGAUGUACGGACAUAGAGAUGAGGCGUAUUCUGGUUGAGUAGCAGCUCUAUUUGCCGACGACUGCUUAUCACCGGGCAACAUUUGGUCUCUUGUCGAAUUCAUGAAUACGAAGUUAUUCAGACCGGUCAAUGGAAACAGUGGGUAAACAUGUAAGAUGGGUGAUGUGUUGCUUUUGUAAAUAAGGUUUGAAAUAAGGGACCAAAG